AUGAAAUUCUUCGUUGUAUUUGCUUGCGCUUUGGCCGCUGCGUCAGCUGGAUUUGUAGCUCCUGUGGUCUAUGGAGCUCAACAUCUUCCUUUAAUUGGAGCUGAUGGUGUACCAGUUGAUACCGCUGAAGUCCAACAUGCUAGGGCUGCCCAUUUGGUCCAUAAGAUCAAUGUUGAGGCUCGCAACGGUGACUACCUUCAUCAUGGUCUUGUAGCUGCCACUCCAGUUGGAUAUUCCGCCCAUUUGGCCGCCCCAGUUGUUGCCCAUCACGGUGUAUACUCUGCCCAUCACGUCCCAGCUGCUUACCCAACCACCCACGUUUUUCCGACCAGCGUCAACGGAGUCCCAUUGGAAACCCCAGAAGUUGUAGCUGCUAAAGUCAACCAUUUCGCCGCUCACGCCGAAGCUUUGACCCGCAACGCUCACGCUCUUCACUACCGUAAGCGUCGUGGAAUCUUCGCCGCCGCUCCUCUGGCUUACACCGCUCCAAUCGCUUACCAAGCCCAACAUUUGCCGCUCAUCAACGGUGAAGGAGUACCAGUUGAUACCGCCGAAGUUCAACACGCCAGAGCCGCUCAUUUGGUCCACAAAGUCAACGCUCAAAUCCGCAACGGUGAUUACCAUCACGUCGUAGCAGCCCAUGCACCAAUUGUUUCCGCCUACGCCCAUCCAUAUUCCUACGCCACCCCAUUGGCCCACUACUACAAAUACUAA